UAAAAUGGCGAUUCUUAAAUGUUGGCAGAAAUGAAGUUUGUUCUUUUUGUUGAGUUGAUUCGAUGUCUUCCAAGAGUAGGAAAGACGAGGUUCAUAUUUAAAAGCAGUAACUUGAUACCUUGUCGAAGUGACGUAGUACUCCGUAAAUUCGUUAGUUUUGACUUUAGGUUGGCGGGAUUUUCACCAAAGUGUUACAGUGUGAAGUGCAGCCUUUUAUCACGGCACUAUUCAGAAGUGAAUACUUCUCUGAAUGUCAGGAUUGGAAGACCUGAAUGGCAACGUCAUCUUGAUAGUGGCACGUUAUUGCAGUUUAGGAAGUUGGAGGACGAUUGGCUGCACUGGGGCAUCUUGCUGUCUAGGGGAGAGGAGAAAUAUCGUGUAUUAUCGACAGACUGUAGCAUUUAUGAAAUUCCUCACAAGCAGAUUCAUCCUUUUAAUACAAGUUUUUCGUUACAAAAUGAUCCCUUGUUAGAGAAAUUCGUAGCUAAAGUUUCGAACAGUUAUCCUGAAGGACGAGAAUUUCAAGAUCAAAGAAUUGUCAACAAGUGGGACAUCCUUGAAAAGUUCUUUGAGAUGCCGCGUUCAAAGUUCCCUGAGCUUCUUUCGGAUUUUCGAGAAAUCAUUCAACGUUACAUUUUGCUGCUCAGUGAACGGGGUAUUCUAGUGUCCUCUAAUAUAUGUAGUAAUGUGUACUUUGGCAAAAGAACGAUAUCCCAAAUGUUAGAAGAGCAUCCUCUUUCAAAGGAACAAGAAUUGUUUAGAAAUGAAAUUGCUCGUGCUUCAGGCAAGUCUUUUGAAGAAGCUGUAACAAUUUUAGAACGAGAUUCUUUAAGACUAGUAGAUAAGCAACGCCCUGAAGUUCCACUUGCCACGAAAAUUUUGAAAAAUUUGGGACGUACAAUCUCUCCAAUAUCUUCCUUUCAAUCUUUGGUUGAAUUGGGAUAUUACAGUUAUUAUGAAAAUUUGUUUUUGAGAGCUUCAAGAUUCUCAGAUGGCUUUCAUGAAAGUGUUUUGAAGGCUGGAGAUGAAAUUUUGCAUCAAUCGAAGGAUUUAUUGGAUAAUAACUCAUCAGAUCGCAUUGAAUUAAAGCAACUUCCUUGUUAUUCUAUUGAUGAUUCGGAGACCAUAGAAAUUGAUGAUGCAGUUGGUUUGGAUAGGUUGGAUUCUGACUAUGUUUGGGUUCAUGUGGCAGACGCUAGUAAUUAUGUAUCUUCAGACGAUUUGCUUUUUGAUGAAGCACUGAGGAGAGGUUCGAGCAUUUAUCUUCCUACCGAAAAGAUUGGGAUGUUCCCUAUGAAUGUGGCCGAAUUAUUACUUUCUCUUGGUUCUCGUUACGGAUCAAACUAUGCGCUAAGUUUCGGUUUUAGGAUUCUUCCAGAUGGCAAGUUGCAGGAUAUUCGAAUAUGCAAAAGCAUUAUUAAGGCUCCGAUUCGUAUCGAUUAUCCGACAGCGGAAAGUGUCAUUGCUGGUGAUACAGUUGACCCUUGCCUUAUGGAAGCAGAUAUAAUUUGUCUUCAAAGGCUUCAUAAACUUGCCGAAAGGAGACGAACAUAUCGCCUUGCUAAUGGAGCAUUAGAAUUCAAUGUGAACGAAGCGGAAGUUAAAGUGACGUUUGACGAUGGAGAACAGCCAUCAUUUCAAUUUCAGAGUCACACUUCAGAAAGGAAAUCAUCACUUUUAGUCAAGGAAAUGAUGUUGGCAGCUGGUGAAGCGGCUGCUCUAUAUGCUCAACAGAAAGGAUGGAUUUUGCCUUUUCGUGGACAAGAAAAGGUGAAUUUACCGACGGAUUCGGAAUUGAAUGUCAUUCCUGAAGGAGUUGCAAGAGCAAACAAAUUGUUAAAGUUUAUGAAACCUUCCUUUAUUUCAUACCAUCCAACUGCACACAGUAGUUUAGGACUUUCUUGUUAUGCGCAAGUCACAAGUCCUAUUCGAAGAGCAACGGAUCUUUUAGGACAUUAUCAACUUAGUAACUAUCUUGCGGUAGAUAUGCCUCUUAUGUCGGUUGAGGAACUAAGUUCACAUGUAAAGCUGGCACAUGAAGGAGCAAAAGAAGCGAAAGUAGUGAAAAAGCGUUCAGUCAAGUACUGGUGCUUGGAAUAUUUGAGAAUGAAUGGACUCAGAAAAAACUAUCCAGCAACUGUUGUAAGUUGGAUCAAAAGUGAAGAACCCAAAAGACUUUUGGUUCAGAUUGAUAAGAUUCCUUAUUAUUUUAUGAUGGAUUCUGAUCAUGUUUACUAUCCAGGGCAGCAAGUUGUUGUCAAGGUCACGGAUAUUCAUCCACGAAUGGGCAUUAUUCGAUUGAAUAUUGUAUCAGCAGAGUCUUCAUAGGAAAGUCAUAUAUAUAUAUAUAUAUAGUCAAACAUUGUUAUGUCAUUUUGGAAGAAACAGUUAUUUUGAUUG